AUGUCUUGUUCGGAAUGUUUCCAAGGUCAUACUCGUGAUGGAACUCCCACGGGAGAAGUGCGCAAAAUGUUUGGACGACAAACUUACGUUGCUACCCCAUCAGACAAGCCGGUCAAGGGUAUCGUAAUCAUCGUGCCUGAUGCAUACGGUUGGGAGUUUGUCAACAACAGGCUACUUGCCGACCACUAUGCAUCCCGGGGAGAUCUUCUUGUGUAUUUGCCCGACUUCAUGGACGGUAGACCAGCUCCCCUAUGGCUUCUAGACGUUAUGCCUCGAGUAGGAGAAACCAGCACAAUUUGGGAUUGGUUAUGGAAACCAUGGUAUGUCGCUCAGCUCGUGUAUGGGGUUGCGCCGUUCUUCAUAUAUAACAGCUUUGGUUCCGCAUGGCCAAAAAUCCGGUCAUUUUUUGAGGCUGUUCGUUUACAUGAAGUACCUGAACGACGGAUUGGAGCCGCCGGAUUUUGCUGGGGAGGUAGACCAGUGCUAGCCCUUACACAUCCAGAUGCCAAAACUGCAGACGGUAAACCGCUCGUUGAUGUGGUUUUUACAGGUCACCCCAGUGGCCUAUGCCUACCUGGCGAUGCAAGAAAAGUCACUAAGCCUGUGUCAGUUGCUAUUGGGGAUAAAGACCUGGUUAUGCCUAUAUCACAGAUCAACGUCAUAAAGACUACCUGGCAGAGCUUGAGAGACAUUUCGACAGAGGUGGUCAUAUAUCCAGGAGCUGGCCACGGCUUCUGCGUCCGUGUAGACCCCAAUAACGAAAAUCAAUAUCGCCAAAGUCAAGAGGCGGAAGAACAAGCUUUGAGAUGGUUCGGGAAGUACCUUGGCUAG